CAGGAGGAGGAGGUGAUCCGGACUGACAGAUCAGAUCUGUCCACGUCAACACAGCGAGCGGCCGCCGUCAUGGACUCCACGUCUCCGGAACCAUCCCUCUACACCGUGAAGGCCGUCUUCAUCCUGGACAACGACGGGAACCGCCUCCUGUCCAAGUACUACGAUCCAGAUCUGUAUCCGUCCAUGAAGGAGCAGAAGAACUUUGAGUUGAACAUUUUCAACAAGACUCACAAAGCAGACAAUGAGAUUGCGUUCCUGGAGGGUCUGACCAUCGUCUAUAAGAGCAGCAUCGACGUCUUCUUCUACGUGGUGGGCAGCGCUCAGGAGAACGAGCUGAUGCUCAUGUCCGUCCUCAACUGUCUCUUCGAGUCCCUCAAUCAAAUCCUCAGGAAGAACGUGGAGCGGCGGGGACUGCUGGACAACAUGGACGGAGUGUUCCUGGUGGUGGACGAGAUUGUGGACGGAGGGGUGGUCCUGGAGAGCGACCCGCAGCAAGUCCUGCAGAAGGUCAACUACAGGGCUGACGAGAACCCGCUAACGGAACAGAGCAUGGCCCAGCAUCUAACAGAGAAGCUGGCUCUGACCACCAACGUUCUGCAGUCGGCCAAGGAACAAAUCAAAUGGUCCAUCCUGAAGUAGAGGCGGCGCCACCUGCACGGGACUAGUACUGGACUAGUACUGGACUUAAUCAGCCAGCUGGGUUAGUUAACCAGCCUGCUUUGUUAGUUAACCAGCCUGCUUUGUUAGUUAAACAGGCUGCCGGGUUAGUUAACCAGCCCGCCGGGUUAGUUAACCAGCCUGCUUUGUUAGUUAAACAGGCUGCCGGGUUAGUUAACCAGCCCGCCGGGUUAGUUAACCAGCCUGCUGCUCCUCGAGUCACUCAUGUGGUUUUUCCUCACAUCUGGGAUUUAAUUUAUUCUGCUUCACACAUCAUAUUGAUUCUAUGCAGGACAAAGAGUCGGCGCGCACACACACACACACACACACACACACACACACACACACACACACACACACACACACACACACAACACACACACACACACACACACACACACACACACACCUGUCCUGCAGAUGUUGUUUCUGAGUCGUUGAUCUGAUGAAAAUUCAAGUCAUCCUUCCAGAACACCUUAAACUCCUGACACUACUGGCUUCGCUCUGACUGUAAUGUUUUGUUGUGGAGCUCUUUGGUACGAGGUGUGGGUGGAGGUCUGACUGUUGUGGUGCUAGGUUUGUUAUAUGGUUGAAGGCUCUGAUGUGGUACUAGGUCUGACUGUUGGUCUGUGACGUGGUUGGGGGGGGGGGUCUGACUUUUGGGAUGUGAGGUGGUGCCCGGUCUGACUGUUGGUCUGUGACGUGGUACCCGGUCUGACCGUUGGUCUGUGACGUGGUACCCGGUCUGACUGUUGGUCUGUAAUGACGGCUGCUCACUCGCUGCUGCUGCACUGAACUCGCUGCUUGUCGGGGAAAUGAGGCGUCUGGAGCUCAGACCAGGUGGAAAAGAAGGAUUCAGUGAUUCAGCAGCCGCAGCUUUGAAGAAAUCCUCUGUUUUACUGUUACGAUGGGAGUUCGACUCGUUCAGAGAUAUUUAAUAUUUUCUUAGAAGACAAAAAGAAAAAGCCAAAGACUAAUUAUUUUGUUUAUAUUUGUAUGAAGUUGAAACAAACAGGUGUUUUUCUGUCUGGUGUUGACUGAUAAUAAAAGUUAAAUG